AUGUCAUCGAACAGGGAUCGUGUGUUUGUCAUCGGAGCGAGUGGAGACAUUGGUAGUAGAGUUGUGCGUGGUCUAAUAAAAAAAGGCAUCGAAACGACAGCAUACGUGCGAAAUGAGACAAAAGCAAACGAUUUAUUCAAAGAUGAAUUAGCCACUGGUCAACUGUCUAUUGUUGUGGGUACUUACACAUCUAUCGAUGUGUACAGAAAAGCAAUUCGAGGACACACGCGUCUCUUUCUACUUGUUGUUGGUGAUACCUACAAACCAGCAUCAAUGAGUCAAACAAAGGAAAUCUUUGGCAAAAUUGCUUUCGACCAAGGUGUCCGACAAAUUGUCGAUCUUUCGUCUUUCAAUGUUCGUACUGAUGGUAAUCAAGGUAUUAUUGGAUACAUGCACAAAACGAGUGAAGAUAAAUUAUGGGCACUCGUCGACGAUAAUCCCGAUAUGCGCUCCUUGGUCGUACUUCGUCCAGGAGCGUUUAUGAGUAAUCAUUUUAUGGGUGAUGCGCAACUUGUAAAACAAGCAAACAAACUUGUUUCAUGCGGACCUCCGACGUCAAUCACUACUUGGAUUGAUACGAGGGGUAAGCGUCUUGAACCACAUCUAUUAUAA